ACCUUUUAAAACGAUCUUCAAAUGGUCCUCCAGUACAUGAUUGAAUCAGCGUUCAAUUGCUGGCUGAAAAUCAUUCACUAUCCACCUCGUUCAGUUCCUGCGUAACCAUUUGCAAGAAUUCGCCGUAAGUUAAAGGUGGAAAUGAGUUGGAAUCUUUCAAAUAUUCCGAAAAUCUGAGUUUCUAGGGUUUCCCAUGUCUUUAAUUAUGAGAAGCUCCUGGAAUAAGAGCUUGUUUUUAGUUUCAAUGCAUAUAAAAACUGAUCAAGAUGCGUGGUUUCCUGGAGUGAAUUUCGACUCGUUGCUGCGGGACUUCGUCGUUCUAAGAGUUUUCUUUCGGCAAAUACCGAGGGUAGUGACUCGACUAUACCAUAAAAUGGCAGCAGUGAUUCCAGCCGUCACCAGGAUCUCUCCCAGAGUAAUUAGGGUGUUGGGCUGUAACCCGAGCUGUAUGACCCUACAGGGCACCAACACCUACAUCGUGGGUACUGGCAAGCGGAGGGUCCUAAUUGACGCUGGCGAUGCCGAUGUGCCCCAAUACAUCAACCACCUUAAAAACGUUCUUACGCAGGAAGACAUCGAUUUGGCCCAUAUUUUCUUGACUCAUUGGCAUCACGAUCACGUCGGUGGUUUGAAUGAUAUUUUAGAAGAAUUGCCCGAAUUUACUGAAAACUGCGAAAUUUGGAAGUAUCCCCGCUUUGAGGACCACAACAUUCAUCCAGAGCUCGGGUCGUUAAAGGAUGGACAAGAGUUUGCGGUUGAGGGGGCCACUUUGCGCGUUCUGCAUACCCCUGGCCAUGCCACUGACCAUGUGGUCUUUAGCUUGCUGGAAGAAAAUGCGAUGUUCAGUGGUGACUGCGUUCUCGGCGAAGGAACUGCUGUGUUUGAGGACCUGUUUGACUACAUGAACUCCCUGAGAGCCAUAUUGGAGACUCAGCCUUUCGUAAUUUAUCCUGGACAUGGGAAUACGAUUCGUAACCCCCUGGAAAAGAUACAAUUUUACAUUUCCCAUCGCUUGCAAAGGGAAAAGCAAAUAUUGGAUGUGUUGGCUGACAACCAAGAGCGAACUUUUACAGAAUACGAACUCGUCGCGCAAAUUUACAAGGGUUUGCAUGAAAACCUAAUCAAAGCAGCAGAAGGCAAUGUAAACCAUCAUUUACAAAAACUAUUGAAGGAGAACAAAGUCACAAUAACGAAAGGUAGAUGGCGGAUUUGCACAGUCAAACAUUUUUGACUCGGCACCCAGCAAAUAAAUAAGCGGUUUUGUGAUAUUGUAGCUUUAAGAUUUCAAUAAGAUAUUUUGCUCCCCAUUAUAAAGUAUGUUCUUGGGUAGGUAUGCGAUUGUAUUAAUAAGCAUUAAAUAAUCCUCAUGCAUAA